GUACCACGGCGCGUCCCGCGGGGUCUCCCGCCCCGAGGUGCACGGGCGGAGGGCGCAUCUGCUGGACCCUGGCCCCCCGAAGGGUGCGCUGGCGCGGCGCCGCCACCACCCCUGCGACCCCCGGGGGGCGUCCAGGAGGGAGCCCCGCUCCCCACGCUGCCAAAGUGCUCCGAAGUUGCGGUCCUGCCCGGUCCUGGCGGGCAGUGCCCACCGGGUGGGCGCCUGCAGGUGCUUCCUCCGGGCCUGGGCAGGGACCCCCGCCACGACUGCCAGUACGGGGACGGGCCCCCUGGGAGCCCCCAGGCCCCUGAGGGCAGCGCCUGCAGCCAGGCCUGGAGCCCCGGCCCCGCCCCGAUUGCCUGGGCCUGGCCUCCCCACUGUCUCCCUGGGGAGGGCGCCUCAUUCCUGCCCUUCACUUUCUGCCGUUACCUUGAAGGUAUUUAUAGGUGGAGAGGACAGCCCCCACCCCCACGGCCUCCCCAAGGUCCUGAUUUCUGGACCAGGAGCCCCAUCUGCCCCCUUUGCCCACAGACUAGAGAGAUCUUAGGAGGGUGGGAUGGAGGGUCCCAGGUUGGGUAUGCAUGAGGGGUAUGCUGGGGUCACUUGAGGCUACGUGUGAGGUGAAGGGGUUCAUGCUGGAGAACCCUAAGAACACUUGAUGGGGAGGGUUGGAGUAUGAGAUAAGUGCAGGGGUAAUGAUGGGGGGACUUGAGACGGUGUAUAGGACAGAGUGCAGAAGUGGCUGGGGUUCUUGCUGAGGCAUGGGCAUGGAGUAUGCAUUUGCGUGGAAGUGCCAGCACAACUGGGGAAAGUGCAGCAGUGUGUGAAGGAAGGGAGGCAUCUGGGAGAGGUGACAGGAUUAAUGCUGGAAUAAAACAAGGUGGCUGAGUAUGCAUGUAUAAAAAUGGGGUAAACUGAGGCAGUGCAGGAUCUGUGUGAAGAGAAGAGUUAUCAGUGGGGAGACUGAGGUACACUGAGGACAGGGGCCAUCCAGGAUACAGUGUGUGUGGAUAGGACCACAACACCAUUUACUUAUCUUACCUGGGCUGGGAGGUAAACUGAGGCACUGGGCUGCCAGGAUGAGGACUGGGGCUCAAGGAAAGAGAAACUGAGGCAGAGUCCCUUUCCUACCUCUCCUAAGUACCUGUCUCUCUGCCCCCAGACCUACGAUGCCUCGCUGAGCCAGCCCAGAAUCUGAGUGGAGCCAAGCAGACAGCAUCCAUGGAUGGACCCCUGGCAGGUGGCCUGGCCACCCCAGAUCGUCCUCGUGGCCCUGAGAGACUGCCUGGCCCAGCACCAAGGGAUGACAUCAAAGGUGGGGCCGAGGCUGCUGAGGGGGAAGGUGGCAUCUUCCAGUCCACCCAUUACCUGCCUGUCGCCAAGGAGGGCCCCCGAGACAUUCUGGAUGGCAGAGGUGGCAUUACUGACGGGCAGCCCCAUCCCGGCCUCAGCGAAGCCCUCCCCCGUGCCACCUCCGCCACCCAUCGGAUCAGCAGCUGCUGCUGGGAUGGAGGCAGCCUGGACUUCCGGCCGGGCUCCCCACCUCCCCAUCUCCUGGGCCACUUCCCUGGUCCCCCUGAUGGUCGGGGGCCCUGGGAGUACCCCCUGGUCCAGGAACCUGGGGAGAGCAUCCCAUCUGAACAGAGGUUUGAGGACUCAGUCACUGUGAGAACUGUGAAGCCCCACGCUGAGCUCGAGGGCUCUAGAAGGUUCUUGCACCACCAGAGUGAAGCAAAGUUCCUGGAGAAGGCCCCCCGGAGCCGCCCCAGGUUCAACUGGCUCCGAGACACAGAUGAGCAGGCCCCACCCCAGGAUGCAGGGCUGCGCCUGGACCUGCCAUCCCAGCCACCACCCCUCGCCUCCUUCAGGACGGUGCUUGUGCCAGUGGAAGAGAACACUAAGACGCUGGAUGUGGCGGUGGUGGGCACCAGAGAGCACCUGGUGGGCCUGGAGGAGCUGGCUCAGCCAUCUGAUUGGGGCCUGCCCAGGUCGGCCUCUGAGGUAGCCACACAGACCUGGACAGUGAACUCUGAGGCAUCUGUGGAGCGGCUGCAGCCACUGCUGCCCCGGAUCCGGACAGGGCCCUUCCUGUGUGAGCUGCUAGAGGAGGUGGCCGAGGGGAUGGCCAGCCCGGUCGAGGACGAGGAUGAGGACGAGGAGCCGGCCGUGUUCCCCUGCAUUGAGUGCAGUAUCUACUUCAAGCAGAAGGAGCACCUUCUGGAGCACAUGAGCCAGCACCGCCGCGCCCCAGGCCAGGAGCCCCCCGCCCACCCGGCUCCGCUGGCCUGCGGUGAGUGUGGCUGGGCCUUCGCCGACCCAGGCGCCCUUGAGCAGCACCGGCAGCUGCACCAAGCCUCGAGGGAGAAGAUCCUCGAGGAGAUCCAGAAGCUGAAGCGUGUGCCGGGCGACGAGGGCCGGGAGGCGCGGUUGCAGUGCCCCAAGUGCAUCUUUGGCACCAAUUCCUCCAAGGCCUUUGUGCAACACACCAAGCUGCACGUGCGCGAGCCGUCAGGCCAGGCUGCCAAGGAGCCCUUCGGGGGCAACAGCGGGGCCAGCAGCCUGGGCCCUGAUGCCACUGCCCUCGCCUAUCACCCCUAUGGAGACUCCUCGGGCCUCAGUGCCUGCCUUUUCUGUGGCUUCCCUGCGCCCAGUGAGAGCCUGCUUAGGGAGCACAUGAGGCUCAUGCAUGCUCGUCCCCACUGGGAGGAGGAUGGCGAGGCUUUUGAGGAGGACGCCGCCAGCCAGCCAGGCACCAGCCAAGACAUGUAUGCCCGCUUCCCUGAUGCCGCUGAGGACUACUUUGGCAAAGCUGAACCGCUCUUGGCCCCUACGUGGCAGGAGAACCCUGCUGGAUACGACCCCAGCCUGGCCUUUGGCCCAGACUGCCAGCAGCUGGGCAUGAGGGAUUUCCCACUGUCAAAGCCACUCCCGCACAGCUCCAGCCAGAGGCCCCUGGCGAGGCCAGCCUUCCCCUCACCGCUAGCAUCGGCCCCCUACUCCUUACAGCCCGGGAGAAACAAGAGCGCCUUCCACCCACAGGGGCUCCCAGCCCAGCUUGGGGACCGGAGGCACCCUUGGAGUGAAGAGGAGGAGGAGGGCAUACCAGUGGCCUCAGAAAUGGACUUUUCCCCUGAAAAUGGGGUCUUUUCUCCCCCAGCCACUCCCAACCUCAUCCCACAGCUGGCCCUGGAGCUGAAGCGGACUUUCCGAGAAGCCCUGCGGGCCGCCGAAGCCUCACAGGCACAGCAGCAGCAGCUCCACGGGAUGGUCCCCGUCGUGCUGGUGGUGAAGCUUGGGCCGCAGGUCAUGGCUGCAGCGGCCAGGGCACCCCCAAGCCUGCAGCCCGAGGAGCUGGGGCUGGGGGGCACCCACCCCCUGGACUUCCUGCUCCUGGACUCACCGCUGGGCGGCCCGCUGGGGCUGGACACGCUCCUGGAUGGGGACCCGGCCGUGGCACUGCCGCCCGAGGAGCGGAAGUGCCCCUACUGUCCUGACCGCUUCCACAACGGCAUCGGGCUGGCCAACCACGUCCGUGGCCACCUGAACCGCGUGGGCGUCAGCUACAAUGUGCGGCAUUUCAUCUCCGCUGAGGAGGUGAAGGCCAUCGAGCGCAGGUUCUCUUUCCAGAAGAAGAAGAAAAAAGUGGCUAACUUCGACCCGGGCACCUUCAGCCUGAUGCGUUGUGACUUCUGCGGGGCCGGCUUUGACACUCGGGCUGGCCUCUCUAGCCACGCCCGGGCCCACCUGCGUGACUUCGGGAUCACCAACUGGGAGCUCACUGUCUCGCCCAUCAACAUCCUGCAAGAGCUGCUGGCCACCUCAGCAUCUGAGCAGCCCCCCAGCCCCCUGGGCCAUGAGCCUGGGGGGCUGCCAGGUGGCUUCCUGACCUCCCGCCGGCCCCGCUUACCUCUCACAGUGCCCUUCCCACCCACAUGGGCUGAGGACCCUGGGCCAGCCUACGGAGAUGGCCUGGGUUCUGAGGAAAACGCAAUGGUAGCCAUGGACUUGGGCUCCUCACCGCUCCCCAAGAAGAGCCUGCCUGUCCCUGGGCCCCUGGAGCAGGUGGCCAAUCGGCUGAGCAGCAGAGUGGCUGCAGAGGUUCCUCAUGGCAGCAAGCAAGAGCUGCCAGACCUCAAGGCCCAGAGCCUGACCACCUGCGAGGUCUGCGGUGCCUGCUUUGAGACACGCAAGGGCCUGUCCAGCCACGCGCGCUCCCACCUGCGGCAGCUGGGGGUGGCUGAGUCGGAGAGCAGCGGUGCCCCCAUCGACCUCCUCUACGAGCUCGUGAAGCAGAAGGGCCUGCCUGACACACCCCUUGGGCUGCCCCCAGGCCUGACUAAGAAGUCCAGCUCGCCAAAGGAGGUGGUCGCUGGGGCCCCCCGACCCGGCCUGCUCGCCCUGGCCAAGCCCCUGGAUGCCCCUGCUGUCAACAAGGCCAUCAAGUCACCUCCUGGCUUCUCGGCCAAGGGCCUGGCCCACCCACCCAGCUCCCCACUUCUCAAGAAGGCACCACUGGCCCUGGCGGGCUCCCCUACCCCCAAGAAUCCUGAGGACAAGAGCCCCCAGCUGUCCCUGAGCCCCCGGCCGGCCUCCCCAAAGGCACAAUGGCCCCAGUCUGAGGACGAGGGGCCCCUGAACCUCACUUUAGAUAGUGACGGGGGCAGAGAGCUGGACUGCCAGCUGUGUGGUGCCUGGUUUGAGACCCGCAAGGGCCUGUCCAGCCACGCCCGUGCCCACCUGCGCCACCUGGGCGUCAGCGACCCGGACGCCAAGGGAUCCCCCAUAGACGUGCUCCACGGGCUCAUCAGGAGGGACGGCGUCCAGAUCCGCCUCCCACCCGGGCGCGGCGCCCUGGCCCAGCUGGGGCGGCCAUCUCCCGCCUCCGCGGCCCUCUCCUUGCUCCCCCCCCAACCGCCGGCCAAGAAGGCCAAGCUGAAGGCCGCGGGUACGGCCAGCCCCUGGGGGAAGCAGGACCUCUCGGCCGCCACAGCCGCCGGCAUUUUCUGGGCCUCUGAUGUGGAGCCGUCUCCUCUCAACCUCUCCUCGGGCCCAGAGCCAGCUCGCGACAUCCGCUGUGAGUUCUGUGGCGAGUUCUUCGAGAACCGCAAGGGCCUGUCAAGCCAUGCACGCUCCCACCUGCGACAGAUGGGUGUGACCGAGUGGUAUGUCAACGGCUCGCCCAUCGACACGCUGCGGGAGAUCCUCAAGAGACGGACCCAGUCCCGGCCUGGCGGAGCCCCAAACCCGCCGGGGCCCAGCCCCAAAGCCCUGGCCAAGGUGGUGGGCAGCGGAGGUCCUGGCAGCUCACUGGAAACCCGCAGCCCUGCGGACCUUCACCUCUCGCCCCUGGCCAAGAAGUUGCCGCCGCCACCAGGCAGCCCCCUGGGCCACUCACCAACUGCCUCUCCUCCCACGGCCCGGAAGAUGUUUCCAGGCCUGGCUGCACCCUCCCUGCCCAAGAAGCUGAAGCCUGAACAAAUGCGGGUGGAGAUCAAGCGGGAGAUGCUGCCAGGGGCCCUUCAUGGGGAGCCGCACUCAUCUGAGGGUCCUUGGGCGACGCCACGGGAAGACAUGACCCCCCUGAACCUGUCAUCGCGGGCAGAGCCGGUGCGUGACAUCCGCUGCGAGUUCUGUGGCGAGUUCUUCGAGAAUCGCAAGGGUCUGUCAAGCCAUGCACGCUCCCACCUGCGGCAGAUGGGCGUGACUGAGUGGUCCGUCAAUGGCUCGCCCAUCGACACGCUGCGGGAGAUCCUCAAGAAGAAGUCCAAGCCGUGCCUCAUCAAGAAGGAGCCACCAGCUGGCGACCUGGCCCCUGCCUUGGCUGAAGAUGGGCCCCCCACGGCGGCCCCUGGGCCCAUGCAGGCCACCUUGCCGCUGGUGCCCAUGGCUGGCCGGCCCAGCAAACCAGGAGCUGGGCUGGCCCAGGCUCCCCGCGAGCUCAGCCUGGCACCCAUCACUGGGGCCAAGCCCUCAGCCACUGGCUACCUGGCCUCGGUGGCAGCCAAGCGGCCCCUGCAGGAGGACCGCCUCCUCCCAGCAGAGGUCAAGGCCAAGACCUACAUCCAGACUGAACUGCCCUUCAAGGCAAAGACUCUCCACGAGAAGACCUCCCACUCCUCCACCGAGGCCUGCUGCGAGCUGUGUGGCCUUUACUUUGAAAACCGCAAGGCCCUGGCCAGCCACGCACGGGCGCACCUGCGGCAGUUUGGCGUGACAGAGUGGUGCGUGAACGGCUCGCCCAUUGAGACGCUGAGCGAGUGGAUCAAGCACCGGCCCCAGAAGGUGGGCGCCUACCGCAGCUACAUCCAGGGCGGCCGCCCCUUCACCAAGAAGUUCCGCAGCGCCGGCCACGGCCGCGACAGCGACAAGCGGCCGCCCCUGGGGCUGGCACCCGGGGGCCUGGCUGUGGUGGGCCGCAGCGCCGGGGGUGAGCCGGGGCCUGAGGCUGGUCGGGCGGCCGAUGGUGGGGAGCGGCCUCUGGCAGCCAGCCCACCAGGCACUGUGAAGGCCGAGGAGCACCAGCGGCAGAACAUCAACAAAUUUGAGCGCCGACAAGCCCGCCCUCCAGACACCUCUGCGGCCAGAGGGGGCGAGGAGGCCAGUGACCUGCAGCAGAAGCUGGAGGAGGUGCGGCAACCCCCACCCCGGGUCCGGCCAGUCCCCUCCCUGGUGCCCCGGCCCCCCCAGACGUCACUUGUCAAGUUCGUUGGCAACAUCUACACCCUCAAGUGCAGGUUCUGUGAAGUGGAGUUCCAGGGGCCCCUCUCCAUCCAGGAGGAGUGGGUGCGGCACUUACAGCGGCACAUCCUGGAGAUGAAUUUCUCCAAAGCGGACCCGCCGCCUGAGGAGCCCCAGGCCCCGCAGGCACAGACAGCAGCGGCAGAGGCGCCCUAACACAAAAGCAUUCCAGAUCCCCUCUUGUGCCACCUCUGUCUCCUCUUCCUCCUCCAUCCCCCUCUCCCUCUUCUCCCUCUUUCUUUUCCGUUUCCAAAGGAGCAAGCCAAAACCUCAAACCGGUCCCCUUUGGGGGCCGGGCACACUACAGCCUGGGCGCCAGGAGCCAGCUAGCUGCCCUUCCCCAGCCCGGGGACUCUGGGGCCACACACAGGGCGUCUUCCUUCAGCCCAUGCCCACCUGGUCCAGCAGGAGCAGCGGCCAGGUUCUGGAGGCAGCCGAUCUGGUCACAGGAGGAAGGCCAUCACUCCCCCUUGUCUAGCAGCCAGGCGGGGCUGUGUUUCCCAUCCGUGGCCAUUUGCAAAGACCCCAAAGACCCCUGUCCUGGUUCCCUCUUGCCUCCCUAAAUAUCCUCUCACAUACAUACACACGUGAACACGCGCACGCACGCACCUCGUGAGACCCGGGACCUGCCCCAGCCCCCCAGUUCCUGAGUUGACCACGUCAUGCCACGGUGCUUGCUCAGGGGAGGGCACACUCCCUCUGUGUCCGCCAGGGCCUGGGAGCCCCCACUGAGCCCACGAUGCCACGGAAAUCCUUGUUGGCCACCCCCGCCCCUCUAGAGGGGCCUUCCCAGCCAGGAAGAGCUCAGAGCUGACAGCUGCCUCCUGCCAUGUCAAGGUCCCCCAGAGCCUGGGGGCUCCGGAGCCUGGGAGGGGGUGGGGGUGGGACUCCCCCCCCCGCCCCCUCCCUCUUUUCACUGUUGCUUUCUAUGUAUAGCUCCCUAGACCUUUCACUUUUUUAAAAACGCGUUUUGUGUAGAGAAUAAGGAACGUGGAUCUUUUAUUUUGCAAUCCUGGGCCAGCUAGAAACCGGGAGCUGAUUUACCUUUUAACUUUUUCAGUGGCCACAUUUUGGUUAUCAAUGUACCUAGAAGUAUGUAAAUUAGAUUAAAUUUCUCUUCUGGCAACACCCCGGGGCAGGCGGCCAGCGUGUGUUUUUCUGUCGAGUGGACAGGCUGGCAUCAUCUGGCAGCCAGAGCUGAGAUCGGGCUUCCUUCUCCCAGAGCUCCCGGGGGCCCUGGGUUUUCCCAUUGGCUGCCAAGCCAACCAGACCUGGCUAGGGCUGAGCCCAACUUCCCAGCUCUUGGCCCUCGAUGGCAUGGCUGAUGGGGGCUCUGGCCGGCUGGCGAAGUGGCUUCUGUGAGCAGAGCAGAGGAGAGGAACCAGGGCUCUGGACAGCUGGUCUUGAGAGGGAGCCAGGAUGGAGAAGCGAUUGAGGCCAGAAGGGCUCUCUGAGGGCAGGAGCUGUCCAGUGAGGGUGUAGGGGACCCACUGGGUGAGGGAGAAGGGCAUGACUGCUCAGAGCCUUCAGAGAGCUGGGAUGGCCUGCCUUCAAGACAUGUGACUUGUCCAGAGACACAUGCACCUUGAACCCGAAUGACACUAGGGGAAACGGGGAGCUGCUGGCUCCUUUGCGAUGUUAUUUAUUUUCUUGCUCUGCAAAUGUUUAUUGAACGUUUCUGAGAUUUUAAGAGA